UAUAUCCGGUGAAAUAUCUGUCACAUUGUUCCAUCUGCGCCAAAGCCGUCCUGGUUCAACCGCAGAUGGUGCGGUCCAUCCAAGAGCUAACCAAUAGCAUCAAGCGUUGUUAUCACACAGAGAGAAAAAAACCUGACAGUCGCCAUGAUGCUUGUUUGCUCCUUGUGAUACAGCAGCGGAAACGGGAAAGUAGAAACAAAAGAGAGCACACACUCGCCCUCGCGAUACAGAUUGGUAUGCGUUUGCAGUGUUACAGCAGGAAUGCCCAAGGAAAAAUAUGAACCGCCAGACCCCAGGCGGAUGUACACUAUCAUGUCAACUGAGGAGGCAGCCAAUGGAAAGAAGUCUUACUGGGCUGAGCUGGAAAUCACAGGUAAUGUCAGGAGCCUGAGCCCAUCUCUGUGGACUCUGACCCACCUCACUGCCCUACAUAUCGCUGACAACUGUCUGUCACGCAUCCCACCCGACAUUGCCAAACUACACAACCUGUUAUACCUGGAUCUGUCUUCCAAUAAGAUCAGGAGCCUGCCGGCAGAGCUCGGCCACAUGGUGUCUCUCAGGGAGCUGCUUUUAAAUAACAACCAGUUGCGGGUUCUGCCAUUCGAAUUGGGGAAACUGUUUCAGUUACAAACACUGGGGUUGAAAGGAAAUCCACUUGCACAAGAAAUUAUGAGCCUGUACCAGGAGCAUGAUGGCACGAGGAAACUGCUGAACUACCUGUUGGACAAUCUGGCAGGUUCAAUCAAAUGCACCCCCACAGAGCAGCCCCCGUCCCGGUCGUGGAUCGCACUCCAGGAGCCGGACCAGACGAGACCUUCUGCGUUGUUCUCAGUGAUGUGCUACAAUGUGCUGUGUGAUAAGUACGCCACGCGCCAGCUCUAUGGCUACUGCCCUUCCUGGGCCCUCAACUGGGAGUACAGGAAGAAGUCCAUCAUGCAGGAGAUCAUGAACUGCAACGCUGAUAUCAUCAACCUACAGGAAGUGGAGACGGAGCAGUACUACCAGUAUUUCCUGCCAGAGCUGAAGGAGCAGGGCUACGAGGGCUUCUUCAGCCCAAAGUCUCGAGCCAGAACCAUGCAUGAGUCAGACCGCAAACAUGUGGACGGGUGUGCAGUUUUCUACAGGACAGAAAAGUUCGGUGUGGUGCAGAAACACACGGUAGAGUUUAACCAGCUGGCCAUGGCUAACUCUGAAGGCUCUGAGGCCAUGCUCAACAGGGUUAUGACCAAGGACAACAUCGGAGUGGCCGUACUGCUGGAGGUCCGCAAGGAAAUGAUGGAGGAAUCCUCGGGGAAGUCUCUGCACGGCAUGGAGAAACAGCUCCUCCUUGUGGCUAACGCCCACAUGCACUGGGACCCGGAGUACUCCGAUGUCAAGCUGGUCCAGACCAUGAUGUUCCUGUCUGAGGUGAAGAACAUUGUGGACAAGGCCACUCGCAGCCUCAAACUCUCCUCUGUCUCUGGGGAGACCAAUGGCAUCCCUCUUGUUCUCUGUGCCGACCUCAACUCUCUACCAGACUCUGGUGUGGUGGAGUACCUGAGUCAGGGUGGAGUGGACUGCACCCACAAGGACUUCAAGGAGCUUCGCUACCUUGACAGCCUCACCAACUUCAACUGCAAUGGCAAGAAUGGCAACUCCACGUCCAACUCCAGGAUCACCCACGGCUUCAAGUUGAAGAGCGCCUACGAGGACAGCCUGAUGCCUUACACCAACUACACCUUUGACUUCAAGGGUGUGAUUGACUACAUCUUCUACUCCAAGCCUCAGAUCAAUGUGCUCGGCAUCCUGGGUCCCCUGGACUCCAACUGGCUCCAUGAGAACAAUAUCAGCGGCUGCCCGCACCCCCACAUCCCCUCUGACCACUUCUCCCUGUUUGCCCAGCUGGAGCUGCUGCUGCCCUGCACUCUGCCCCAGGGCCAGGCCAACAACCAGGUCAACGGCAUCCACCUGCCUGGAGGACGCAGGUAGUGAUGAGACAACCCCAUUCCAGGGAUGCUGUAUGCUAUAGCAGUGUGCAGCCUCUAGCCCUCCAGCUCUUCUCUCGUUGUCACUUGGAGGAAAGAAGACAAGACGGAAUACACAACCAACCUGUAAAAUAAGAAUCAGCCGUACAGUGAGGUCUGGCCAACAGGGAUUUCUGUUAUAUAUUUUUAUUUUCCUCAUUGUCGUUUUCCAUUUUGUUUUCAUUUAGAAAUUGUCAAUCCUGUCUGUUGUGUUUUGGAUUCCUACCCCCCCGUCAUACUUACACAUAAUGCUUUUGUAACUCUUUAACAGAUAGAAAGGAUGCUAGCUUCGAAUAUCACCAUAUCCCCUCUGGCCCCCGUAUAGCUAUUUAGAUCUUUAGCAAUAUCACCUGACUCUUGUUGUCUUUGACAUGACCUGUGCAGUCUUGAACAAUGGCACAAGAAAUACCUUGUAUCACUCGAGAGCUGUGGACACCCUUCACAAGGCAAGGAGAGAAAGGACACCAUUUCUAAAGCUUACAGCUGAUAGUCUGUCCUAUACCAAUCUUAAACCAGCAAAAAUGGCAGAAACAGAAAUGUCUGUCUCAGCCAAGGCUAAGAGUGGGCCUUGUCUUUUCUCUCCCCACUGAGAUCGAUGUGACGGUAUAUCUAUCUUCCAUAUAAGGCAUAAUAUGGUGUGCCACUCCUCCUUUCUGUGCUAUAGGGCCAAUCUCUCUGUGGGUCCAAAAUUGUGGUGCUCACCUGGUGCUUAGUGGUGCUCACCAGUCCAUUACUAUUGAGUAAUAGAACCUAGUCAGUUGUCUCCCUCUCCAAGUGGUGCAAUAGGAACUAACCCCACUGGUGCAUGUAGACUGUCACUGCUGAGGGGCAAUUCCACGGUAACUGACACUGACUCCGAUUUGUAACUUUAAAAUGUAUGUCAAACAAAAACCAAUGAUUGCAAAGUUAAACAAACAUACGACUCUAUGCACAAGGACUACUUUUUAACAAUUUCCACUGAAUUUGACAAAAACACAUUUAAUUGGAACCGUGCAGGUGCAAAGUUUGGUAACAGAAUGACGGUUUGUGCCAUCGUUCUGUUACCAACUUUUCAUCUCCACUGUUCAUCAAGUAAAUGUUUUUGUUCAAUCUUCUGUGGGAAUUGUUGAAAGUAGUCCUUGUGUGUAGAGAGGGUUUGUUUGACAUAUGUUUUUAAAGUGAAAAAUCUGGCUCUCUGUUCCUGUGGAAUUGCCUUGAGGUGUUUUUAGAUGUUGAUGAUUAUUAUCCUUUUAGGAAAGGAUGACUGCAACCACCAAAUACACUUGUCUUGACCUGUUGUAUGGAAGCAAGUAAGCUCUAGUUAGCGGAGGCUUGUUGGCAUGCCGGUCAGGCAUAGUGCUAAAGAAAUGUAUCUGUAUCCUCUGGAUUGGAACAGAUUUGAAUGAUUUUAAGUAGUUGAAUAACAUGUAAUUAGUGGCCAGCUACCAUCCCCUUUUGCACACUGUUUUUCCUCUGCAUGCGUACGUGACAGAGUCAUUGACUUAUUCUUGUUAAUAGGACUUCAUUUGGACCAGGGAAGUGCAACUCCAGUCCUUGGGGGCCGGAGUGGUGUCACACUUUUUCACCAUCUUUAGCCAACACAGCUGAUUUUAAACUAAUUGUGUUUUAAACUAUCAUGAUUAGUUGAUUAUAGGAGUUGGGUGUGAUAGCUUGGGCAAAAUUGUGACUGCAAUCAGGCCCCCCCGAGGACUGGAGUUGCCCAUCCCUGAUUUGGACCAUAUACCACCUUUUGUAAUGGGGUAGGGGAUUUUGGCUGAGGGGCAAGGCAACGGAGGAAAUUCUCAACUAAACAUUUUUCAGAUUUGUUACUUUUUAAAGAGGGAGGGCAAUAGCUGAUGUACAGGAGUUUAAACCAGCAAUCCUCUCACUGUCACACACGUGGACAUACGCAGAGAUCUUGUAGCACUGUCUCUUGAGGCCAGUAGUGAUUUCUUUCCCUCAGCCAUAAAUUCCGUACUCUACAGCAGUGGGUUUUUUUCACAAGUGUUUGUACAGAAUAUAAAUCUAGAUUGUCUUUACACGAUUGUAUAUGAGUCACAAAAGACCUGUUUUCUGGCAGGGUUUUUUUGUACUAUGAAUGAGUAAAUUAUGAUCCAAUUUGAAGAAAAAAAAGACAGGAUUGUAUUGUAAACUAUGGCAAUUUUUUUUUAUCCAGUAAAUGUUAAGAUGAAAUUGAAAUGACCAGCUUGUACAAAAGACUUAAGGGGUUGUUCCAGCCGUUCGCUGCCACUACUUUGCACUCCCGCCCUAGGUUAACUGUUUUUAUGUAUCAGUAUUGCUUGUUUUCCUGUUAUGAUUUGAGAACAUGUUUCUCAAAUUGUAAAUAAAUCUACUGACUAAAUAUGAUGCAUCUUCAAAUCCAUUCUAUUAACAAGCCAUUGGUCCAUACUGCUGCCAGCCUGCCACCAACUGACCCAUUCAUCCACUCACAGUUCAGACUAAAGUAAGGUUAGGUCUCCAAUUACACCCUAUUCACUGUAGUGCACUACUUUUGGCCAGUCCCAUGUGGCUCUGUUCAAAAGUGCACUAUAUAGGAAAUAGGUUGUCAUUUCAGAUUGAUCCUAUGAGGGAUUUUUUUGUUGUUGCUUCACGCACAUCCAGUAUCCCACAAUUAGUGUUGUACAACCGGAACAUUGUGCCUCACCGUAGCCAUUUUGUUGUCUUGCACUAUUUACAAUUGGCGAACUCCGGAACAACCUCUUCUCCAUUUAUUUUUUAAAUACUGUCCAGACAUUUGAUGUCCUUUGGGGUUUUUGUUAUCGUUUUGUAUUUUCUUUCUUUUUUUUGUAUGAGCUGUGACAAUGUUAUGUGUAUAUACUCCUUGUUGAGCGAUCUAGUAAUCCGGUAUGGAAUAUUUGUCAAGCUUUAGUUUUUUUCACUGGGGCAAAGUGAAGACCUCUUCUGAACCCCCUUCCAGAAUGUUUUGCACCCCUCCGUGUACUUUAGCUCAGCUCUUAGAACCCCUUGAUAGUCCCUUAUCACCAUAGUCACCUAGCCUGUCUUGCCCCUCCACCACUGAAUUCUGAAUCUAGAAAAGCAUGUUCCCCUAUACCUAGCCCUAUGUCCAACCCCCUAGACACUUAACAGUCAAGUGUAUUACUUUAGUCCUUUUAACCCCGCUACUGAAGCCCCUGUGCGGUUCCAUCUCCUCUGCCGUACCAUCUGUGAGGUGGCCCAGACAGACAUUCUGAAAUAUGUCCGUGAUGACUGACUAUAUAUUGCAACUGUCACAUUUUAAACAGGAAAUGGAAUGAUCACGCUCCCCCCCCCUUUCCCACAUUUAUUAUUGAAUAAAUUAAAAUCACCUUUUUAAAGUAAAUAUGAUGCUUUUGCCACUGUGCUAAAGUUAGAAUUUUAUGAAUUUUUACAGAGGGGAAAGGUUGAAAUGGGAAAUAUACAUUUAGUCCUAGUUCAAAAGCUUUUUUUCUGUCCUUACUUUCCCCCCUUGAUAUAUUUUAUUUGUUUUGAACAGAAACAAAUGUCCAGUUUGAUACCCCUGAAUUGCUGGUAGUAUUGUAGUAGAUUUAAAGACUUAGAUUUUUUUGUAAAGUGUGAAUAAAAGAUGUAUCUCAUGUUUCCUUCCUAAAA